AUGGCCAAUCUCGAUGAGAUUAAAAGAGUGUUUGAAAUUAUAGAUGAAAAUAUGGAUGGAGUCGUGAGUGUGGUUGAAAUCAGCGGCUUCGUCAACGGAAUUGGAAUAACAAUUUCGGAAAAAGAUCUCACAUGUUUAUUCAGUUCUAUCUGCAUAGCUGAAGAGAAUUGUAGCUCGGUUCGAUUUGAAGAAUUUGCGCUUCUAUAUCAAUCCAUCUUCACUAAUGAAGACACCGAAUCAAAGGACCUGAUGGAAGCUUUCAGAGUUUUUGAUCGGAAUGAAGAUGGAUACAUCUCUUCCACUGAGCUGCAACAAGUCCUCUCCUCGAUGGGAUUGAUCGCGCAGGGCCAACACUGCGAGGGUAUGAUUUGCAAAUUUGACUCAGAUUGCAACGGACUGCUAGAUUUCACGGAAUUCAAGAAUAUGAUGGCUUCUAAAUUCUAG